AUGGACUCGUUCCGGAAGCAGUUGGACGUGCUCAUGGGCGCCAACCGCAACGGCGACGUCGAGGAGGUGAACCGCAACUACUACGACCGCGACGUCUGCCGCCUCUUCCUCGCGGGCCUUUGCCCCCAUGACCUCUUCCAGCUCACGAAAAUGGAUCUCGGUCCUUGUUCUAAGAUUCACUCCCUUCAACUGCGGAAAGAUUAUGAAGAAGCGAUAACAAAGGGAACAGAGAAUUUUGAUAGAGAACUCGAGGAUAUGAUAGAAAGGCUCAUUGUGGAGUGCAACCGGAAAAUUCAGAGGGCCCUGAAACGGCUUGCGGAUGAUGAUGCCAAGGCUGCUAUUGCAAUAUCCGUCUCUGAGGUUACUCUGACGGAUGACAUACUGCAGCUGUCAAAACAGAUCAAGGAAAAAAUGAUUGAAGUCGAUGCCUUUGAUUUUGAAGGGAGAACUGAUGACAAAAUAAAGGCCCAGGAAGUAGUGGAAGAACUCAGAGCUAAAAGAGCUGAUAUGCAGGCUACCCUCUUGCUUGAUGCUUUUAACAAGGACAGAGCUUCAUUAACUCAGCCUGUUCCACCUCCUCCUCUAGCAGCAGUGCCACCACCGCCUCCACCCGAUGCUCGUACUCAAGAAAUGAUCAAUGAAAAGCUUAAGAAAGCUGAAGAGCUUGGUGAACAAGGCAUGGUUGAUGAAGCUCAGAAAGCUUUGGAAGAGGCAGAAGCUCUGAAAAAGCUGGCGCCACGUCCGGAGCCACCUUCAGACCCUUCUAAAUAUACCGCCGCUGAUGUUCGGAUUACUGAUCAAAAGUUACGCCUCUGUGACAUAUGUGGAGCAUUUCUGAGUGUAUAUGACAAUGAUCGACGUCUUGCUGACCAUUUUGGAGGGAAACUACACCUAGGCUACAUGCUGAUUCGUGAGAAACAGAAAGAACUUCAGGAGCAGAGAAAUAAAAGGAGGACAGUCAAAACUGAAGAUGAUAGACGAUCAAGAGAGCACAGCAAGGAUCGCAACGGUCGGUCAUCCAGGGAUAGAGAUUCAGAAAGGAGAGACAGAGUUGAGUCUCGAGAUGGUAGAAGAGAUUAUGAUAGGGAUCGUGAUAGACGUCACGAUAGGGACUGUCGCCAUGACCGUGAUCGGGAUAGGGAUUAUGACCGCUCCCGCGGACAUGAUUCAAGGAGAAGAGAGCGUUCACGCUCCAGGGAGCGCAGCGUCAUGAGAGAUACUAAAUGUUGCUCCAUGGCUGACAGAUUUUGGAGUGCUGGCGUCUGUUCAAGAUAUGGUUUGAGUUGUGGUUUGUAUCUUCUGAAGGUUCCUGCUCAAGAAAUCCGAAAGUUAAUUUUGGUGCAUUAUGCAUCAUGUCGUAGCGUCGUAUUGUUUAGUAUACCAAUUUUAUAUGCCGAGAACAAUCGCAUCAAAGGAAGCUUUGGAAACCGACCUACUUGA